UUUUUCCUCCUUCUCUUCCCUUGGUCCAGGUUUGCUCGCCAAAAAGCGCGAGGACGGCGCGGCCGCCGGCCCCCCCCCGGACGCAGACAUCCGGGACAGUGGGAAGAAGCCGGUGAUGCUCUUCCUGCAUGGGGGCUCCUACAUGGAGGGCACCGGGAACAUGUUCGACGGCAGCGUCCUGGCCGCCUACGGCAACGUCAUCGUCGUCACCAUGAACUACCGGCUCGGCGUGCUCGGCUUCCUGAGCACCGGGGACCAGGCGGCCAAAGGCAACUACGGGCUCCUGGACCAGAUCCAGGCGCUGCGGUGGCUCAACGAGAACGUGGGGCACUUUGGGGGCGACCCACAGCGCAUCACCAUCUUCGGCUCCGGCGCCGGCGCCGCCUGCGUCAGCCUCCUCAUCCUCUCCCACCACUCGGAAGGUCUCUUCCAGAAGGCCAUCGCGCAGAGCGGCACGGCCAUCGCCAGCUGGUCGGUCAACUACCAACCGCUCAAGUACACGCGGCUGCUGGCGGCCAAGGUGGGCUGCGAGCGCGCCGACACCGGCGCCGCCGUCGAGUGCCUGCGGCGCCAGCCCUUCCGCGCCCUGGUGGACCAGGACGUGCAGCCGGCGCGCUACCACGUGGCCUUCGGGCCGGUGGUGGAUGGCGACGUGGUGCCGGACGACCCCGAGAUCCUCAUGCAGCAAGGCGAGUUCCUCAACUACGACAUCCUCAUCGGCGUCAACCAGGGCGAGGGCCUCAAGUUCGUGGAGGACUCCUUGGAGAGCGAGGACGGGAUCUCGGCCUCCUACUUCGACUUCACCGUCUCCAACUUCGUGGACAACCUCUACGGGUACCCCGAGGGCAAGGACGUCCUGCGGGAGACCAUCAAGUUCAUGUACACGGACUGGGCCGACCGCGACAACGGCGAGAUGCGCCGCAAGACGCUGCUGGCGCUCUUCACCGACCACCAAUGGGUGGCGCCGGCGGUGGCCACGGCCAAGCUCCACGCCGAGUACCAGUCGCCCGUCUACUUCUACACCUUCUACCACCACUGCCAGACGGACGCCCGGCCCGAGUGGGCCGACGCGGCGCACGGCGACGAGAUCCCCUACGUGUUCGGGGUGCCCAUGGUGGGCGCCACCGACCUCUUCCCCUGCAACUUCUCCAAGAACGACGUGAUGCUCAGCGCCGUCGUCAUGACCUACUGGACCAACUUCGCCAAGACAGGGGACCCGAACCAGCCGGUCCCGCAGGACACCAAGUUCAUCCACACCAAACCCAACCGCUUCGAGGAGGUCGUGUGGACGCGCUUCGACGGCAAGGACAAGCGCUACCUGCACAUCGGCCUCAAGCCCCGCGUGCGCGACCACUACCGCGCCAACAAGGUGGCCUUCUGGCUCGAGCUCGUGCCCCACCUGCACAACCUGCACCAGCUGCCCCACGCCUCCACCACCACCCGCCUGCCCCCGCCGCCGCGGCGGCCCCCACCCGCGGCCACGCGGCGCCCGCCGCUCCCGUCGCUGCCGCCCCACGGCGACGAGGAGGACGAGGAGGGAGGUGAGGAGGAAGAAAGCAACGGUGGGGCAGGGGGGGGCCGGCGCCGCUUCGCCCCGUUCCCGGGGGAUUCCCGGGAUUACUCCACGGAGCUCAGCGUCACCGUGGCCGUCGGAGCCUCCCUCCUCUUCCUCAACAUCCUGGCCUUCGCCGCCCUCUAUUACAAGCGGGACAAGAGGCCCCCGUUGGAAGCAAGGCCCGGGGGGUGCCCCCGGCGUUUAAGCCCCCCCCCCACAACCACCACCACCACCAUGAGGGGGGGCGGGGGUGUCGGGGGGGGCCCUCCCCCCCCCAAUGACCUCCUGGGGCACGGCGGGGGCGGCGGCGGGGGGGGGAUGGAGGAGGAGUUGGUGUCGCUGCAGAUGAAGCAUCCCGAAAGGGGGGGGGGGCCGCUCCUUGGCAUGGGGGGCGGGGAGCCCCCCCCGGGACCCCCGGACUAUACCUUGGCGCUGAGGAGAGCCCCCGAGGACGUGCCCCUCGUCACCCCCAACACCAUCACCAUGGUGCCGGGGGGGCUCCCCAACCUGCACCCCUUCGCACCCCCCUUCCCCCCCGGCCAUAACAGUGCCCUGCCCCAUCCCCACUCCACCACCCGCGUAUAGUGGGGCUCUGACAUCCCCCACCCCCGCCG